ACAUUAAAGCAAUUUCUCUCUCCAUUGAGUAAUUCUGCACUUUCUAUUUUAUUUCAGAAUUUCAGUGCCUGAUGUGUUUUGAUUAUCAAUUAAUUACAUUGUGUUGGUGCUGUGAUGAAAGUUAAUUUUGACAACAAAAUUUUACAAAUGUUUGAUUGACUCAAAUGUAACAUUCAAAGGCCACUGGGCUGAUUUAUUCUCAAAAAUACAUGGAAGAUUUACAAAUAUUGGAUGAGCAAAUGGAAGCACGUCCUUAAAUGGACAUCCUGGCAGACCUUAACCAGCCGUUACACUGCUGUGGUUAGAUCUUAAUCACAUCUGAAUCAUCCUGUAAUUAGUAGAGCACUAUACAAACCAGAGUAUAAAAGCUACAAGGAAAAUCCAGGAAACAGAAGUGUCCUGAAUAUCCUUCAGUUGAGAAGAGAAAGAUGAAGUAUUUUUGGUCUCCAGUUUUAUUUGUUUUAGUUCAUGUAACAUGUACUUCUGCUAUUCCGCAACUUUUCGAAGCUGAGAAAUAUGAGAAGGAUCGGCAGUUGGCUGAGACUUACCUGAAGCAAUUCUACAAGCUUGAAGAUCACUCAACACAAAUCAUGGGAAAGUUCAAAACCUACAGAGCAUCAGGUUUAUUAUCAGAGAAGAUUAGGGAAAUGCAAGACUAUUUUGGCCUCAGGGUAACUGGCUCUCUAGAUGCUGAAACUCUGGGAGUCAUGGAAAAGCCUCGAUGUGGAGUUCCUGACGUUGCUGAAUAUAAUCACUUCCCAAGAAAACUGAAAUGGAAACAGAAUAAGUUAACAUACAGAAUUCUAAACUAUACGCCGGAUCUUUCACAUGAUGAGGUGCACAUGGCAAUAGAGAAAGCUUUGAAGGUUUGGAGUGAUGUCACGCCUUUGGAAUUCAGCAGAAUUAAUGAGGGACAAGCUGAUAUCAUGAUCACAUUUGGGGCUAGAGAACAUGGAGACUAUUAUCCAUUUGAUGGACCAAAUAGCAUACUGGCCCAUGCUUUUCCUCCAGGUGAAGGUAUUGGAGGGGACACUCACUUUGAUGAAGAUGAAGACUGGACAAUGGGAUCUAAUGGGUACAAUCUUUUUAUUGUGGCUGCCCAUGAAUUUGGCCAUGCAUUGGGACUGGCUCACUCUCAAGAUCCCGGUGCAUUAAUGUACCCAAUGUACGUAUACACAUCGAUGAAAGAGUUCCGUCUCGCGCGUGAUGACGUUAAUGGAAUCCAAGCUCUAUAUGGUUCAUCAAAUGAGGUGCAUCCACCACCAGCAGAAACGCCUGAUGUCUGUGAUCCUUACUUGUAUUUUGAUGCUGUUGCUAGUCUUCGUGGAGAGACAUUAUAUUUUAAGGACCGGUUUUUCUGGAGGAGAUAUUCACAUGAAUCUACUAGUGAGCUUGUUUUAAUUAAAUCAUUUUGGCCAGAGCUUCCUGCCAGGAUUCAUGCUGCGUACGAAAAUCAGAAAAAUGGUUUACUCAUUGUUAUUAAAGGAAUGAAAUACUGGGCCAUCGAAGGCUACAACAUCAUGCCGGGAUAUCCAAAGUCCAUCUACAAAUUUGGUAUUCCAAAAUACAUCAGGAAAAUAGAUGCCACUGUUCAUAUUGAAAAGACUUCAAAGACAUUAUUCUUUGCAAGAGGCCAAUACUGGAGCUAUGAUGAAGUGAAACAGAGGAUGGAUGAAGGUUACCCACGACGGAUGGUGGAUGACUGGCCAGGAGUCCCUUCCAAGCUGGAUGCAGCAAUUGAACAUAAUGGAUAUAUUUACUUCUUCUUUAAAUCAUCUCAGUUCAUCUUCAACACAAGUGAGCAACGUGUCUUUGCAAUACAAAGAAUCAAUUCACUAUUGGGAUGUUAAAUUCCUCGACUUAUCAAGCUGUGUCAAAUAAUCUAAUUCGAGCAUCUUUGCAAGAGGCGAUUUAUUGGGUCUGCACUAGUAUAAAAUCGAACAACCAACCAGAAUAUAAUUUAAAAUGCCUCGCCGUGUAGCCUACUUGUACAACAUAAAUUAAAAACUGAUAAUCUGGCACCCUUGGGAUAUUGGUGGAGUGGACCCGCAGAUUUUCUGAAUUAUUACGACGUUACCCCUACUAAUAACCCCACACAAUUUUAUUUCACAUUUUCUUUUGAACAUGUGAUACUGUAGCAUAACACAUUUUUCCAGUGAAUAUAAUAAGUUUAACGUGUUAAACAGAGUUCUGGUGAGUUCAGCUCAUCUGUUUCAAAUGGAUAACCAGGUUUAGUGUAACGAUGAGUGAUCCUGAAGUUGAAUCAUCAGGAGAUCUGAAAACAUGGAUACCAAAUUAUCAGUGUUUUACUUUGGUGUUGUGUUGAAAAAAGAAUACAAAUCUAGUUUACAUCAUAACUGUUUGAAUAGAAACAGAAAAUAGUUGCAGGAGUAGGCCAUUCAUCCCUUCGAGCCAGCACCGCCAUUCAAUAUGAUCAUGGCUUUUCAUCCAAAAUCAGUACUCCAUUCCAGCUUUUACUCUAUAUCACUUGAUUCCCUUAGCCCUAAGAGCUAAAUCUAACUCUCUCUUGAAAACAUCCAGUGAAUUGGCCUCCACUGCCUUCUGUGGCAGAGAAUUCCACAGAUUCACGGAUUAUAUGUACGUAGUCACAGAUGAUCCAUGUUCUAAUAUAUUUGAAUGUAUUAUAAAAUGCAAUAAAUUUGUAUAUACCUUUAUAAUGUGGUAAAAACUUUUUUCCUUAUCUCAGUCCUAAAUGGCCUACCCCUUAUUCUUAAACUGAAUAAUCCUGUAUUAUUCCUUUACCUAUUUAUCAUUUUUUAUUGUACAUUUAUUUUCUCAUUGAGACUUGAAAAGAUCAUCAACACAUUUAUCUCCUCCCGCCUCGAUUACUGCAACUCCCUUUACACUGGAAUCAGCCAAUCUUCCCUGUCCCGCCUGCAACUGGCCAAAACGGCGCAGCGAGACUCCUGACGGGCACCCGAAAAAGGGACCACAUCACCCCGAUUCUGGCCUCUCUCCACUGGCUCCCUGUGCGGUUCCAAAUAAAUUUCAAGAUCCUUCUUUAUGUUUACAAAGCCCUUAACGGGCUUGCCCCCACCUACAUCAAAAGUCUGCUUACCCACCACACCACCUCCAGGUCCCUCAGAUCGGCCGACUUCGUGUUACUGAACAUCCCGCGGUCUCGGCAUAAGGUCAGGGGCGACCGCGCUUUUGCGGUUGCAACUCCUAGACUGUGGAACAGCAUCCCUCUUCCCAUCAGAACUGCCCUCUCCAUUGACUCUUUUAAUUCAAGACUCAUCUUUACUCUCAAGCCUUUCUUGAUGUCCUCUGAGAGAGGGCUAUAUGUAUGUAUUUAUGUAUGUACUUAAUCUAUGAACCACUGUUGUAUAACGUUAGUACCUCCACCAAAGUAAAGCACUUUGGUCAACGAGCGUUCUUUUAUAAAUGUGCUAUAGAAAUAAAAGUGACUUGACUUGACUGUCAUGUUAAAUAUUUAUUUAGAACUUUAAUAUUUAUAUUCUGAUACUUGAAAGGAUUGUGUUGCUUAUAUUUUGUGAGUUAUUUUAUUCAGUAAUAAUAAGUAUUAUGGAGGCAAACAAGGCUAAAUUCAUUUUGUCAGCCUAGCAUUGAAAACUGAGAUUUAAUAUCGAAAAAAAGUGGUGGAACAAAGGAAACUGAGCCCCAUAUUUUUUCAUCUAUUAUAUUGUAAGCAACCGAAAAUGGUAUGUAAUUUUAUUUCUUUACAGAUAUUAAUGUACUUAGUCACAUAUGAUCCAUGUUCUAAUAUAUUUGAAUGUAUUACA